UUGAAAAGCAACGAUGGCUCCAUCUGCUGCUGUACAUGUAUCCGACUCGCUGCUGGCUCGCGUGCGGCCUUCGUGUGCCAAACUGGUGGCGCAUGAGUCUUCGUCUGUGCGUAUCAGUGCGGACAAGGUGCGCACGUUUGAGGAGCAGCUAGACGCCAAAGAGUUCGAGCAGCUUGCGGAGCCUUUGAACUUCCCGCUCAACUUCCGCUCUCAGCAGGACGAGAUCAACUUCCUCACAUUGUAUGGGCUGCUGAACUUCGGCAGUGGGUUCAGGAAGGACCUGCACAAGUACACGGAUCGAGGAGCUCACGACACCAUUGUGUUCGGACUCAUUGGCAUGUACAUUUCAGUACCCAAGUUGGACGCCCAGUUCAUGCAGGGCUUGACCAUUGACCUGGUGGCGAACUACUUCAGUAUUCCACUGGAGAAGGACGAGGAGGUCUCUCCGGGUAUUUACAUGGCCAAGCCGGGACCAUUGAAGUCCCUAGCUGUGAUGAUUCAGAAGAUUCUGAACGAGUCUGGCCAGAAGCUGAUUGACUUGAAGAUGGAAGAUUUCGGAGCGUUCGUCCUGGCCAACCUCACGCCAAAGCCUUCCGAUGACAAAGAGGAGAAGGAAGCUGUCGGGGCCAGCGCGGAGUAUUUAGUGGAUCAAUUCGCGGCGACGUUCCCGGGCUUUGACGACCACUACGAAAUCCACGGCGAGAACGUGUACCUCCUCAAACGUGCUCAACUCGCUGUCGCGUGCAUCCACCGUCGAUUCAAGGAUUCCGAGCCGAAAUUGACAUUUGCAGACAUCAACGAGCUCACAGCUUUCAGUGACAAUGUGUUGCCUUGUGUCCUCCACGCUCUGGGUGUGCUUGAGUACGAUGCGGACUUGGAAGCCCGGAUCAACCGCGGCGAGGAAUUGCCUGCGGGGAAGGAGGAGUGCGAGUUGCGCGCCGCUGCGGUUGUUGCAUGCGAUCAGAUCGUGGCCGAGAGCAAUGGCCGCAUCGGCGCCCUCGAGUUGGAUUUCUAUCUGUGGCGUGUUGGCAAGGAAGCUCGCUUCCGCGGUCUCGAGCGUCAUGCUACACGCAACACGUUCUUCUACUAG